UUUGGUAUCGGAACAAAGAUGAGAGAGCUUAGCUGGCGGCUUACAUUCGCCAAACCUAAUCUCCUGUUCUCCCUGUGGUGGUUAGGGCAAGCUGAAAAGAAUAAGGAAGAGAAUGAAUAGGAUUCAAUCACUACUAGUAAACCGGCGGCUACUGGCCCGGUUCCCUAAGACCCGUGCCCAUGUAUGUUGAGUGGAAUGUGAAGGUCGAAAGCGCCGGAAUAUGGUGAACAUGACAAAUGUGUGGUACAGACAUGGAUCAGAUCAAACUCCAGUCUUCCGACUGGACGUCCUGACGUUGUUGUCCCGGCUCUCGGAGCUCGUUCCGACACCGAAGUUGCCAAGCCGGAGGCGGCGUAGGCUGCACUUCACCUUCGCUUUCACUGCUUUGAUGCAUGAAAAACAAUUUUUGACCACAACUAAGAGGAAGCCUAAUGUGUGGUUUGUCGUGAAUGGUCGAAGUAAUCUAGCUUGCAUUUCGAAGUCGGGCUCUCGUCAAUUACUACUAGUAGUAGCCAUCAUUUCUUCGAUGCCUUCAUCGGCUGAGCAGAAUAUCCGCCAGCGGGUCCGAGACAACCAGAGACGCUCGCGCGCCAGGAGAAAGGAGUAUCUGCAGGAGCUUGAGCAACGGGUGAGACGAGCAGAACUCCAGGGCGUCCAAGCCUCGGUCGAAGUCCAGGCUGCCGCUCGCCAGGUCGCAGAAGAGAACAGAAAGCUCCGCGUCCUAUUGAGGCAUCACGGAAUUAGCGAGAGCAGCAUAGAAACGUACCUGGCUUCGGGUGUAGUCACACCACCCAGUGCGAGCAGCGUUGGGACGCCAGCGCUCGCCGGGAGGAGCUCGAUCCCCAGUACCGUCCAGAGACUUGAGCACGUCCUCGGACCCCGGAAGCCCUCUACUUCCGGCUCGAAUUGCACGUCAUCAAGUGCAAGCCCGUCAGGGGACGAUGAGAACCAUAACUGCUCAAUGGCCGCUGACCUCAUAUCGAGCAUGACAGGCGCCAACCCGCACGAGGUGCGAACGUCGCUGGGCUGCGCGCCCGGCACGGAUUGCCAUGUUGACAACACCAAGAUCAGCGACGCCAUCGAGCAGCUGACCGAGGCCGCCGUGAUGACAUAACAAGGCGGAUAGCGCUCUCGCUUGGCAAGCCAUUUUAAGGGCGGUCACCCUGCUUGAAUGCCCCAAAUUCGCGGUUGGACAGCAUAGGACUAGUCGUCUGUGCCUACGGGCCAGCGCCAGUCUUGACUCCCUUGGCCGAAACGC